GUUGUCCGUGCUUACGCGGCUGGCCGGCCGAGCUCGGGAGCACGUGACCUGCAAGGAGGCUGCGGCUCAAGGCCAUUUUCAAAUCUCAUUGGCUUGGUUGUCAUGUGGUCGGCAGAGGCAUCCACAAUUACACGGGGAAUGUUUUCCUAGAGAUGUCAGCCUACAAAGGACACAAUCUCUCUUCUUCAAAUUCCUCCCCAAAAUGUCCUUUCCCAACAGCUCUCCUGCUGCUAAUACUUUUUUAGUAGAUUCCUUGAUCAGUGCCUGCAGGAGUGACAGUUUUUAUUCGAGCAGCGCCAGCAUGUACAUGCCACCACCUAGCGCAGACAUGGGGACCUAUGGAAUGCAAACCUGUGGACUGCUCCCGUCUCUGGCCAAAAGAGAAGUGAACCACCAAAAUAUGGGUAUGAAUGUGCAUCCUUAUAUACCUCAAGUAGACAGUUGGACAGACCCGAACAGAUCUUGUCGAAUAGAGCAACCUGUUACACAGCAAGUCCCCACUUGCUCCUUCACCACCAACAUUAAAGAAGAAUCCAAUUGCUGCAUGUAUUCUGAUAAGCGCAACAAACUCAUUUCUGCCGAGGUCCCUUCGUACCAGAGGCUGGUCCCCGAGUCCUGUCCCGUUGAGAACCCUGAGGUUCCUGUCCCUGGAUAUUUUAGACUGAGUCAGACCUACGCCACCGGGAAAACCCAAGAGUACAAUAACAGCCCCGAAGGCAGCUCCACUGUCAUGCUCCAGCUCAACCCUCGUGGCGCGGCCAAGCCGCAGCUCUCCGCCGCCCAGCUGCAGAUGGAAAAGAAGAUGAACGAGCCCGCGAGCGGCCAGGAGCCCACCAAAGUCUCCCAGGUGGAGAGCCCGGAGGCCAAAGGCGGCCUUCCCGAAGAGAGGAGCUGCCUGGCUGAGGUCUCCGUGUCCAGUCCCGAAGUGCAGGAGAAGGAAAGCAAAGAGGAAAUCAAGUCUGAUACUCCAACCAGCAAUUGGCUCACUGCAAAGAGUGGCAGAAAGAAGAGGUGCCCUUACACUAAGCACCAAACGCUGGAAUUAGAAAAAGAGUUCUUGUUCAAUAUGUACCUCACCCGCGAGCGCCGCCUAGAGAUCAGUAAGAGCGUUAACCUCACCGACAGGCAGGUCAAGAUUUGGUUUCAAAACCGCCGAAUGAAACUCAAGAAGAUGAGCCGAGAGAACCGGAUCCGAGAACUGACCGCCAACCUCACCUUUUCUUAGGUCCGAGGCCGGUGGGAGGCCAGGAUCAGAGAGGGGGCACCGCGUUCCAGGGCCGAGUGCUGGAGGACUGGGAAGGCGGAAACAAAACCUUCAUUGCUCUUUGUUUUUUGUUUUGUUUUGUUUUGUUUUCCUGCUAGAAUGUGACUUUGGGGUCAUUCUGUUCGUGCUGCAAGUGAUCUGUAAUCCCUAUGAGUAUAUAUAUAUAUAUAUUAAAAAACUUAGCACGUGUAAUUUAUUAUUUUUUUCAUCGUAAUGCAGGGUAACUAUUACUGCGCAUUUUCAUUUGGGUCUUAACUUAUUGGAACUGUAGAGCAGCCAUCUGUCCAUCCAUCCAGUCAUCCACCCAUUUAUCCAUCUAUCCAUCUAUCCAGCAAUGUGACUUAUUCAUGUUCUUCCUAACACAAAAGGUCUCUGUGUGUGGUUAGCCCAUGAACUCAUAGCAUUUUGAAUACAUCCAGUACUUUUAAAAUUACAUAUAUAUUUAAAAAUUUUAAGAAAACCCACAAGCUUUGGGGGGAGGGGGACUAAAAAAGCACAUUACAAUGUAUCUUUUCACAAAUAAACUUAGCAAUUGUCCUUGGUGAGAUGAAAUACUGACGAUUUAUGCCUUGUAGCCUUUCCGUUGUGGUGCAUCUGUGGUCUGGUAGAAGUACAACAGCAACCUGUCCUUUCUGUGCAUGAUCUGGUCGCAUGUAUAAUGCAAUAAACUCUGGAAAUGAGCUUGCUCCCUCUGCUUUCUGAAAUGGAAAUGCUAUGGUGGACAUGAACAACGCCUUUGGUGAGAUUCUCUUCACACUCAACUGCCUGUUUGGAGCAGGCGGGCGGGGGUGUGAUAAGGAGCAGAGGAAGGGAGAGGGGAGGAAAAAGCUGGAAGAG